AUGAGCCUUCUUGCUACUGUCGUUUUCGUCCUUGAGAUCCCACGAGUUACAUCCCAUCAUGAGGUCCUCCCUCAACUGUCUUGCAAUCGCACCGACCCUCAGAGACCACACACUCGACCUUACCAAGUCGAUCCACGCCAGAACGAACGGCAGGCACAUAACUGCAUCAGCAGCCAUCACCCACCCCACGGCCGUCCGUUCCCGCGCCGCCUUCACGAGACAGGCCACGGCUUUGUGGUGCGGUUCUGGGCUGCCGACGACGGUGUCGGCGGGGAACCGCUGGACGGUUCGGAUGCCGCAGUGCUCGACGAUCUUGAUGCAGAGGAGGAAACUCGGGAUGGAUAUCUGGGAGGGGAGCGCUGGUCUGCUGUCGGAGGAGCGGGGGGUGGCGUAGGGAUGCGAGUAGAGGAAGGCGAUCAGUUCAAUGAUGUGCAGCACAUGCCAUGGAACGCGAAGUGGGCAAGGAGAGAUAUUCUUAUGGCGGAGCGGGGAUUCUCGCAGGCCCAGUCCUGA